GUCUUUGUACAUCACUAUGAGAAUACUGCUUCUUUAAUUCGUGAAAUUCUUUUGGAUAACAAGAUAAAAAGACGAUUUUUAUUACGACAAUCAUAAAGUCCAUGAAAAUGCCGAAGUUUUAUAAAAUCGAGAUUAAUCGCACGGAAUGGGAAAUUCCUGAAACAUACCAAAAUCUUCAGGCUGUUGGACAGGGUGCCUACGGACAAGUGUGCAAAGCCGUGGUACGAGGUACCUCGACAAAGGUGGCCAUUAAGAAAUUGGCCCGUCCCUUUCAAUCAGCAGUGCAUGCGAAACGCACAUACCGCGAACUAUGCCUGUUGAAGCACAUGGAUCAUGAGAAUGUCAUUGGACUGUUGGAUGUCUUCCAUCCCGGGCAGCCAGCUGAUUCGUUAGAUCAAUUCCAGCAAGUCUACAUGGUGACACAUCUGAUGGACGCUGAUCUUAAUAAUAUAAUACGCACGCAAAAGCUAUCUGAUGAGCAUGUGCAAUUUCUAGUCUAUCAAAUAUUGCGUGGAUUAAAGUAUAUUCAUAGCGCCGGGGUCAUUCAUCGUGAUUUGAAGCCCUCCAAUUUAGCUGUAAAUGAGGACUGCGAGCUGCGCAUCUUAGAUUUUGGACUGGCUCGACCCGCGGAGAGCGAGAUGACGGGAUAUGUGGCAACACGUUGGUAUCGGGCGCCUGAAAUCAUGCUUAAUUGGAUGCAUUACAAUCAGACAGUGGAUAUUUGGUCUGUAGGCUGCAUCAUGGCUGAACUUUUAACGGGACGCACUCUGUUCCCAGGCACCGACCACAUACACCAGUUGAAUCUAAUCAUGGAGGUUCUGGGCACACCGAAUGAUGAAUUUAUGAACAAGAUCUCGUCGGAGAGCGCACGCACUUAUAUACGAUCAUUACCCGUGAUGCCGCGUCGAAAUUUUCGCGACGUUUUUCGCGGUGCCAAUCCACUGGCCAUUGAAUUGCUGGAAAAGAUGUUGGAACUGGACGCGGAGAAGCGUAUUACAGCCGAGCAGGCCCUUGAACAUCCAUAUAUGGAGAAAUGGCAUGAUCCCAGUGAUGAAGCUACAUCAACGCUCUACGAUCAAAGUUUUGAGGAAGAUGAAAAUACUGUAGAGAAGUGGAAGGAGAUGGUGUUCACCGAAGUACGACGCUUUAAGCCGCCGCAGGCAUUUGCCGAGCUCUUAGCGCAAGCUCAAUAGCUAACGCCAAACUAACGAGAGCUUUAAACUUAAUUUUUUAGUUAAUCACGAGUCACCCCCAAAUUGUAUUCAAAAAGUUCUAUCGCAAUUGUUUCUAAAGCGACAGUCGUCACAGCCUUAAUGUCUAUUUCAAAUUUUUU